CUACGGGUCUCAACAGAAGGUUAAAAUCUUGACUAGUAUUGACUUCGUAGGUGCUAGAUGAAGCAGACCGUCCACUGGAUUUGGACUUUGGUACACACCUCGACGAUCGAUGUCCUUAAAGCUGUACCAAAGGAGCAUACUUGUUUUCUGCGAAUCAAGGUGUCCAGACCGCACCUUGUCCGACCAUAGAAACCUCCACAUUAUACCGAUUAGUCCCUACUCUCCUUCACUGCUACCUGCUAUAUCGUCUGAUUCAUGCCAAUGUCUUUUUGGUGUACUGGAUCAACUAUAUGGCAAUUCCAUGAGCAUCCUUGCUAUCUCUCCUAGGCUUAGUAGCACAUUGCGUCCCCCGCGAUUUGCUGCGGUGCCUUCACACGAUCACCUGGCAAGGAGUCAGGACGCAUUGACCAAGUUCAAAAGCGAUGAUGAAGAUUAUAGUUGCAAGGGAGGUCGCUACUCGGUACGUUUCGCCAUUUACGUGGUCCUAGCAGAAGUACUGACUUUUUCAGGGAACCCUGUCUCUCUCGUGGACGUAAUCAUAAAGUUCGACAUCCCAGCGAGAUCUAAGGAUUACAUCCCGGGCGCGCAGGCCGUGCGACUAAAAUCAUUUUGAUGAUCGUUUAAUACGAUGCGGAGCUAUUACAGCGGCUGAAAUCUAUUAUAGUGGACAAGGAUGGACGGCUAGCCGCAGAACCAACUAAAGGAGGCGGCUGAGCACAAGAAGAGACCGAAGGGGAAGAGGAA